AUUCCACCGCUCCUUCACCUCGACAAGAACCAGUUGUUCCCGAGACAGAUUGACUGAUCCAGUGGAGGAAGUUCGGGGUCGAUCAAAGGAUCGCUUCCAGAGUGUUACGCGACCAAGCGGUAACAGAAAGAGCAAGGAAACCAAGUGAUAGUAGUCUUGAGAAACUCGUGUUCGUCGCUCCCUAACUGGGGGACGAGCGCAGACAACUCAGUUGUUUCCCGCCACUACUUCAACCGACAACACCUUGAAGGAGUGCAGGAUCAACAUCAUUCACGAUGGGUUCCGGGACGAGCAGCAGCAGCAGCUCGUCCUCUAGAAGGCAAAAAGUCCAGGUCGGCUGGUAUCGCUUCGUUCCAUUCCUCGGUUAUCACCAUGUAUUGAUGAUCCUUAUCGCCAUCGCCAUUAUUCUAUUAUCACUGCUUCUCGCUGGCUGUUCAUCGUCCUCGCCACUUAUCCCUGAUAUCUUCCUACUAUCUAUCUACUACAAGAGCUACACAGCAGUGCCCGAUACAGCCCAGGUCGACUACAACCUCCAUUCAGCUAUCGAGAACAUCGCAGGUGACGCUUCAUUGCAAGCUCGCGUUGGUUAUUUCGGUAUCUGUAUCAACCCCGACGGUGGUUCCUGGCUGUGCAGCAACAAUGCAACUGCACUGGCUAAGGAGGUUGAUGUGGACCAAGAUCCUCUCAACCUCAUCUGGCUGGCUGCUCAGUUCAAAGAUAUGAUUGUAUUCCCAUAUCUCAUUAUCAUCGCCAUCAUCUUUGCUUUCGUCUGCCUUCUCCUUCUCGCGACCUUCCCUGGAUGGCACGAGGAGACCGAUUCAGAAGGCUCUGACCGCGAAGUCAAGCCUUUCCCGUCUCGUCCCGUCUCCCAAAUUGCCCUUGCCCUGAUCUUCAUCUCAGCUAUCUUCGUCCUCGUAUCUGUGCUAUGGCAACAUACAGCGUCCGUAGCCGCCUCGGUUAUAGCCCAGGAUUUCGGAAACGGAGCUGUCAAGAGUGGUGUGGGUACCAGCGCCAUGGUAUUGGGUUGGUUCUCAUUCGCCCUACUGAUAGUCGUCACUAUCGGUCUACUCAUUAUGAUCCUCAGUAUAAGCGUUCUCAGUUCGAUGGUAUAGAAUACCUCGAAUUCACCUGAGUCAUCGCGGACUAUUGCGGACUAAGUUGUCGAAUAAAUGUACAUAUGUCGACUAUAAUCUUCGACACGAGGAUGGUAAGAUCAAAGAUGGUAAAGGGCAUCAGCAUCGGAGUU